CCGACGAUAUUUUGUUUACUCUUGGUGGACCAAUUUGUAUACGUAUGCCAGAUAUUUUGCUUUCAUUCCUGUGAGAUAUAGUUCGUUUCCAAGCAGUUUUAUGUUUCUUGUUUCAGUCAGAUAAGAGUAUUUGCGCAGUGUCGAUCUCUUUUUUUAUAGAAUUGGAAACCUCGAAUUUCAUAAGUUUAAAAUCUUAUAGAUGGAAGUGUUGUGAGAUGCAGAGAUAGUUUUAGAUAUGUAAUUAUUUAAUGUAACAUGGGUAACAGUAUGAAGGUUAAGUUAGAGUAAUUCUUUGACUUUAAAGUGAAAAUUUACUGUCUGCAAAGUUUUCGUCGUGUUUAAAUGUAGAUACAGUUACAUAAUUUUGGUUCGUGACCAAAAUUAUUUGUAUAUAGAUUUGUAAAAUCAUUAUUAUUAUUAGUUCUCUCAUGUAAAGGUCGCGUGAUAUUUUAUCGAGAUUAUUUAAAGAAUUUCAGAGGUGAAAGAUCGUGAUUAUUAGAUUAUAGAUGAUUUCCUACAUUUUUAAAAGAAAGAGUACGCACUCGGACAAAAAAGAAAAAAGUUUAUCGUGCAUCGUUGGCCUCUCUUGUCUCUAUGAAGGACGCGUAUAUACAUGUACAGGAAGGUUUCGUAAUUCCUGACAAAUCCAAUUUAUGAUUUUUCUAUUGAUUGUGAGACUAUACGAUAGUUGAUAUAAUAAGAAAAAAAUAAUAAUAUCUUGGCAAUAGCUGUGCAUAGAUCAUCAACAGAGGUGUAAUCAUUUAAAGUAGUUAGAAUGAGAAAAAAAGAAAAGAUCAAUAGAAAUAUUAAAUUUAGAAAAUUCAAAGAUUAUUUCUAUUUGAAUUUAUAUAUGAAUUUAUAACUAAUUUUCGAAUCAAUUAUUGCAUAUAGUAAUAUUUAAAGACUGAAUAGAUAUUUCCUCACUAUGAGUGACCAACGAAAUCGAUUUGAUAAUUUACUGUUAAUGUGGAAUAUUAGCUAUCGCCAAGCGUCAUUUAACACGUUCCGCGUUUCUCGGAGAAUUGCACGUUCCUUCUAAACAUGCAGUAAUUGACGAAAGUGCGAAUAGAAACGGACGUCCUCGACUUACUUUUCUCGGUUGUUUAACUACGAAUGCAAUACAUGUGCAAAUGAAAAUAGCUGAAUUCUAAUUCUUCUACGUUUUCAUUGUUCAAAUAUUCAACUAAUGUUGUUAAAACAGAAACAGAAACGAUUAAUUGUUAACUAGAGAAUAUAUCGAAGAAUUUGUCGGUGAAAGCAAUUGUUUUCGCAAUGUGCCGGUGACAUAACCUCGAUGAUCUAACUUUCUACAUACUAUGCAUGAGUAGAAAAUCAAAUUUAUAAAGUAAUAAUAAUGUAAAGUAAUAAUAAAGUAAAGUAAAAUAAUAAUGAUAAAUAAUAAAAUAAAUAAUAAAAGAAAUAAGAUAUGACGAGAUAAUUUUCUUUUAAAAAGAUAAAAUACAUUUUGUUGGAUGAUUGAUAUCGAGUAUUUAAUAUAAAUGAUGGAAUAACAACGAUAGAAGUUUUUCGAUAUAUCACGAAAGAAGUUUUAAUUAUAUAUUCUUAAUUCUUCUGAAAUAAAUUAAUCCCGUAAUAUUAUUUAUAUAUUGCACUCAGUGUUUUAUUCUUCUGUGAUGGAACAAGUGUCUAUCGUUCGACUAGACUGGACUACAUUUUGAAGUCUGAACAAGUUGACAAUCGCAAAUUAUGAUGUCUUCGAUAUUUCGUAACCUCUUAUAAUAGCUCCUUCGUGAUCAAUCAGACGGAAGUAGCUUUUAUUCAUUAUGUCAUUCUGGAAGUUUCUCUGCUAUAUGUGAUAAAAUGAUAAAAAAAACGAUAAAAACUAACCUGUAACUGGAGUAUUGGUGUUCGUCUGGAUGUUAAAAUUUGGCCAUAGAAUAACCGAUCUCUUAUAGAUUUGAUCAUAGGACGAUCUUGAACACUCUCGAACAACCUUCAAUUUACUUUAUACGAUACGUAUCUAGAAGGCCAUGUGUUCAAUUGAAGAUUGUAUUUGAACCGAAUUUGUACUUUUAAAAAAUGAAAGGUUCGAAAGUAUGGGAAUUACUGGAAUAAUCCAUUAUGGUUCAAUCAAUUCGAUAGUGACCUAAUGAUAAUGGGCCUAAUAUGAGCAAGCAAACCGUAUUCAAUUACGUCUCAUUAUGGGCAUCUAUCGAUCUUCUUUAUUCCUGUCACGUCCGCUGCACAGAUGUACCCACUUUCGAUGGCUCUGAAUACCAAAUGAAUUCCAUCGUAUCGAAUCGUAAGAUCACCCACACGAUCUACGUUCUAUGUGCGUGCGCUAGUUUUACAAAAUCGGUCCGUUGUAAGUUUUUUGUCAAACAAUGAUCGAAUCACGAAACAACUUCAUUUUUACGAAGAUUUGUUGCCAUUCGUAAUACGGUAGAAUUGGCAUUUAUCAGAUUCAAUGCAAGUUUGUUACAAAUCCGUUACAGAGGAUGACAUAGGAUUUAAUGGUAUUUUAGGAUACUUCGGUAGUUAAUUUAUUUUAGUUAAUCGGAUUUUGGAAAUUUCAGUUCCCUGGAAUUCUGUAGAUUUUAGAAUCAUCGAAAGAUUCUAGGAAUCACGUUAGGUUCUGAGGAUAUCGAGGACCUCAGAAGAAUUCAAAGAUGGCGAGUCUCAACGACUUUCAAGAGUUUGGAAUGUUCCUAUAGUAUGUAUAGUGUGUGUAUUAAUAUGCAUAUUAGGAAUUCGAGGUCAGAACUUCAGCACACAAAAGAAAGAUUCAAGAAUCAAAAUCCAAGAGCAAAAUUCUUGGUUCUGGAUUCUGAACUCCAGACCUUUAUUUGUCAGUCCGGUAUAACACUUCGCAAAUAUUCUACAUUUUUUUAUUAUUAUUUAUACAACUAACUUUUUAAGACAUUCUCCUAUAGCAAGUCAUAAAUUUAAAACACUGAAAAGUAUUUCGAUCGAUAAAGAUGAAAAGGACAUUUCAUUAUUGAAAUGACAAUUGUCAUGGGCCUGUGUCUGCAUUUAGAUGUGGAAUCGAAGCUGCGAACGCUCCUCAAAGAUGGAGCAAGCACUUUCAUGGACUUUGAAUGGCUACAACCAGAAUUACCGUCGUUCUUCGACGAAAAAAAGUUUCUCCUCGGACAGCAGAUGUUUUAUAACAACGCUUUCACCAUGAUGAUUGCCAAACUAUGUGGAUUAUUAUCUUUAUUCGCUGUACCGUCGAUCAAGGACGUUUUAAUAUUCACCAGACAGAGUGGUACACCGUGUGCUGCCUUUCGCAGAUACGUAUCCACCAUUCUACAUAAUUGGGUUUGGUAUGGAAAAAGAGCUGGCAUAGAAAAAGAAUUUCUCGAAUCGCUGAAAAUCGUACGGAAAAAACACUGCGUAGCGUUUCGGAGAAGUUCAGAGGCGGGGCUGAACAGAGUCUCGCAACUGGAUAUGGCAUUGGCUCAAUUUGGAUUCAUGGGUUUCACCCUCCUGGCUGGUGACUAUCUUGGGGUGAAUAACAGUUCCGAGGAACUGGAAGGACUGAUUCACUUUUGGCGAGUCAUUGGCAACAUGCUGGGCAUGGAAGACAAGUACAAUCUUUGCACCGGAAGCGUGGAAGAGGCACGGGCUCUUUGCAGACGACUUCUGGACGAGAUUUUUCUCCCCUCACUCGCCAGUGGUAGCAAAGAUUUCGAAGAGAUGAGUCGUAUUUUAAUAGAAUCCCUAUGGCCGGUGAAUCCUUAUAUGGAUUCGAGUGCUUUCAUUGAAUUCACAUACAUUCUAGCCUCCACUGCCGCCACGAAUAAUAAUCACUCGUUAAAAAUAGAUUCAUCAAGGAUGUCGUGGUAUGGUAGAUUUAUCUUGAAUGUUCAACUAAUUACACACAAAUACCUAUUACCAACUACGUAUUGGUGGUCCACAUUCUUCAGGGCGUUCUUCAACAGCCAGAUGCGGUUGGCCAUCUAUUUAACGGAAAAUUUACCGUUUCUGGCGUUCUGGAGUUAUGGUAUAAAACACUCUUACGUCAAUAUAUACAAAUACCGCGUCAUCUGACCUUAAAUGUGGUAAUUGUUUUAUAAAAUAAUCAAAGAGUAACAGUUACCUUUUUCAUCGAAAGUGUACAUAAUCUGACGUAAAAUGAUUCUACAAACGUAUAAUGUAUUCUUAAUAACUUAUAAUCAUUGCAGUAUAUGUAUUUAGGAUAUGCUUUGCAGUAUUUUUAGACUCGUAACAUGUUCGCAAGCUUUACUGCGGUUCUCGGAUUUUUAUGUUUUCGUUUUAUUCUUUUUCUUAACAAACAAUGAGAUUUUUAAAAUCUUGAGAGGAAUUGUAGUGGAUAAUGAAGAUAUUACUUCUCUUUACAAAUUUAAGAAAUUUGUUAGUAACAAGAAACAGAGUCGUGUCUAAUAUGAACCAAAAAAUCUAGCAGGGUUAAGGUCGAUUUAAGUCAAAGCUCAAUUUAGAAAAUAAGCGAUAUAUAAUAAUAAUAUUAAAUAGCGCUGUGUUUAAUGUAAUUUUUUCGGUACCUGCAAAGAAAAGAUUUAUUACAUUUAUUACAUGUAUACUUAAAAAGUAGUUCUUAUGACUGUAUUUAUAAUUUUAUAACUUUAUAUUAACUACUUAAUGUAAAUAUAGAUACAGUAAGCGACAAGUUAAAUUUAAAGGAACGCUAUCUGUCUUUAUAUUAAUAAAUUGAUUGAAUGAAA